CUGGCUUCAGUUUGUUUCCAACCAGCUGGUUGGGGGGCAGCCAUGGAAGAACAGUGUUCGUUGCUGGACAUGCGUUGGAGGCCGUCGCUUUUUGUUUGGGAGGUGAGCUGCAAAUCCAGCCGCUCUUUCAAUCUUCGUGUCACAGAUUUGGGAUCGGGAGGUUUCUUCUUUUCUACACCCUUCGACUCAGGCUUCCAUCUUUCUUGCUUGCGAAUAUUUGCAUCGUUUGUCUUCAGGUUCUUGAGUAAUCCCUAUUGCUAUAUAAGAGAAGUUGAGGUAUUUAAAUUUCAGAACAUAUUGGGUUCUAUCAGGAAGGGAAUUGAAUCUCACAGAUUAGCUCAGGGUGUUAAAAGGUUCUUAAGGGAAAGGCCAUCCAUGGUUGAAGAAGGGCAAUGGAUAUACCAUACACCCACCUAAAUGAGGUCAGUUUCUUGACUUACUGGUUACCAAUUGGUUUGGUAGAUUGGCAGGUGUUGUUUGUGUUUAUCAUUGUGGUUGUGUGUUUGUUUGACUUAUGUUUACCAAAAAGGAACUACCCUAAAACAAAGAAGCGAAGAUAACUUUUAGGUUAAUGUUUCUUCAUUUUGAUUUAUUUACUUUUUUUUUCCUUUUGUGUUGCCUCAAAAUUCCUUCACAAAAUUCGACUUGGCUAUACUACUACGUGUUUUCUGCUCUCUUUCCUUCUGUUUUUUUCCCCCUCAGGCUUCCAUGAAAUUUUGAUUGUUUCAAGAGAUCUUGGGUACGAAAUCCAAAUAUGAGAAGCGGUCAUUCAACCAAAUUGUUUAACGAUUCUUCGCUUUAAAGGUAUAAUUCAUGAUUGCCUCUCUAUUCCUUAUACUCUCACUAUUUUUUUGGUACUGAUUUCUUUAUUUUUGCAAUGUUUGUUUCCUCAUCAUUUCUACAUUUUCUUUAUUUCCACAACUUUAUACACAUUUGAUGUAAUUUCAUAAC